AUGUCAUCCAACCCGCUCCACGUGUCGAUCCCCUACACGUUCAACUCGGCGGAGGAGUACCCCACGGAAAUCCUCGCCGAGCGGUUCCAGGCGUGGCGCUCGAUCAUCAAGGACCUCGUCGUCUACCUCAAGGAGUUUGUUCUGGUACAGGAUGAGAUUGUCCACCAGCAGAAACGGCUACAGCAGGUCGUCGGCCAUCAGAACGAAAUCACCGGCUCCCUGGACGACCCCCAGAAUUUCUUCUUGCCCCUCGGAAAUGGAUCCAUUCACGACUUGCCGCUAAUCUUGCUGCGGUUCCACGAACAGAACAUCGCCAAUGGCCAGAAGACUUACCGUGAAGUCCAGUCACUGAUCAUCCCCAAGCUCGAAGGGUUGCGCCACGACUUGUUGCUCAAAAUCAAAGAAAUCAAAAACUUGCAUUCCGAUUUCAAAAACAACCUCCAUAAAGACUUGCUCGAGACGAAAAAUGCCCUCAGCAAUUUUAAUCAGGUCAUGAGCCAGAGUGCCGGCGAAAAUGUCCACGUUAUAUCCGACAAACUGGGGGACCCGUACCUCGCCAAGGCACGCCUCGAUGCCGUGCUCAAAGCUCAAAUCAAAGAAGAAAACUAUCUCUACCAAGCAUACCAAAACCUCCAGGAACUGGGGGAAAAGUUGGAACAAAUUGUCGUUGGCGAAAUCCAACAGCUCUUGGGCCAAUUCGUCACCCUCAUCACCACCGAAGCCCUGACCAUCCCCAACUACUUGGCCCCGAAUUUAGUGAAAGGGUUCUUGGCCAAAGACCCCAAAUUUGAAUGGGAUCUGUACAUUCUGCGCAACCUCCCACAACUGCUGCUGAUCAGCAACAACAUCAGUCUGGGUAAAUUCAUCGAUUUGAGUUAUCCCGCCCGUAAACUUCUGGAAAUCGAUGUCCCACAUCACGACCUGGUGGUGGCGAUGGCGGUGCGCGAGGGUCAAUUGGAAAGGCGACUGAAGUACCUUAAGCUGUACUCACAAGGGUGGUAUGUCCUUACUUGCAACUUUAUCCACGAGUUCAAGACUCGCGACCGCAGAAAGGACCCUAACCCCGCGAUGCUGUUGUCGCUCGACAGCUGUACCGUCACCGAGCACUCCAAGGAUGGUCCCCAAGGGCCCUACAAGUUCGUUCUUCUGCUGAAGCUGACGCUGGGGCUCAUGCAUCGCAACCACAACUUGGUGUUCCGCUGCUCCACCUAUAAAGAGAUGAUUGGUUGGUACCAAGACAUCAAGCUGUUGCUGAUGAUCCCUCUGCUGGCAGCCAGAGUGAAGUGGGUAGAAAAGAACAAGGAACGGCCACAACCUCAACGCCAACUGCGACUGCCGCUGGUAUUGCUGGGUCGAUCCGUGGCGGGGCAGAAUCUGGUGAAGCCUCGGGCUCUGAUUGAUUCUCACCGGCUGCUGGUGCACCAGCGCCCCCUCUCUCAAACGACGCUGAUUGCUAACGCCAACCGCUUGCUGCUGACUUUCCUGCAAAAGCACAACGAGCUGCCCCGGUUGCUGAACAUGAUCAAUCUGGAUGGCACCGCCAUCACUCCCGUUGACACGGUGGCACUGGACCCCCGUAAACCUGAAGUUGGCCAGCGGCAACUGAUGCCGAUGCAACCGCUGAUGUCCCACGCACUGACCAUCCCUCUUAACGGACCGAUGAUGGGGCAAACAUACUACGAUCAAUCCCAAGGUCAGUACUACACCAUCACCCCGGUGGCGAUGCCUCAAGCGCAGCCGGUAGCCGUGCAUGCGGUGCAGCCCAACGUCCUUUCGACGUCACCGCAACAGAUAGGGCCGGUGUCGCCUCAGCUUAUGGCUAUGGGUCGUCCCGGGUCGCCGUCGUACUUUUUCCCGCAAUACGUGGCCCCCCAGAUGGUGCAGCAGCAGCAAGCGCCGUACCCCACUUCGGACCACAAUGGCAACAGGUCGGUGCUGACGCUUGGUAGCCCGCGGGUCGACGACGACACGUUUACGGAAAACCACAAGUUGAAUCUGAAUGACAUCAAGAGCGACCGCAUCAGUUUGCUUGAUACUGGCAACAUCGACAUCGUUCUGCAGAGAGAGGUUUAG